CUCCGAGCCACAUUCUGUCGUUGCAGUCUGCAGCCUCAGUGUUUCUUUAUGGGAGGAGCGGCGCGACUUCCCCACUUCUGCCCCCACUAUGUACUUUUUUACAUCCCUGCUUACGUUUGGCUGGCAUAGCCUAAGUUCCGCAUUCCCAAAUCCUCCCAGAUUGGGAUCACGUUUAAAAUCGGGCUGAUGCAACGAUUUCCACUUUUUAAAAUCUACUCUCGACCCUCGCCUGAACAGAAGAAAGGACAUUUGUUGCACCUGGGAUCAAAGUCAGCUGUGGUCACGACCGAGCCUGACGCGAUGCCAGGACAAAUCCCAGAGCCCUCUGUGACUGCAGGCUCCCUGCCCAGCCUGGGCCCACUGGCUGGGAUCUCAGCCACCACGCUGACUGACAAGCUCAAAUUUGGUGACUUCCAGGAGUUUGGUACAAUGCUGUCACCUCUGCACUUCCUGGACAGUCUGGGGAAGAGGCCCCUGGUGAUCAAAACAGAGAGGGAUGAAGAGGAAGAAAGGAGGAAACGAAGGCGAGAGAAAAACAAAGUGGCUGCAGCUCGAUGUCGAAACAAAAAGAAAGAGAGGACAGAUUAUCUACAAAAGGAAUCAGAGAGACUUGAGAUGUUAAACUCUGACCUCAAGGCCCAGAUUGAGGAGCUGAAACUCGAACGUCAACAGCUGAUCCUUAUGCUUAACCGCCAUCGCCCCACAUGUAUUGUCAGGACAGAUAGUGUGAAAACCCCGGAGAGCGAGGAGAACCCGCUGCUGCAGCAGCUGGACGCCAACUGAACGUGCGACGUCUUUCUAGAGUUUACAAGUUGACAGGAAGCAGCCAACUAGCAGCACUUAACUUUGGGCCUCGGUCAAGGAGGAGAAGUCCUCCAACCUUAAGUCACGGAGCAUUGCACCUCAAAAUGUGGAUCCAAUGAGAUUGGACUGUUUUGGCAGUAAAAUCAAAUGAUUCUUUGUUUCUCCCUCUUGUUUUGCCAUCAUCAGUAUGAAGUUAAACCAAGCUACUGGUGAAUUACCUUACAUUCCAUACUUUCAGCGUGUGUUUUUUAUGGUGGAUUUGUACCACAUGUGUUCUUCCCUUUAGCCAUUAGCCGACAUGGCAUCUUCACCAUGUUUCCCGUAGCUAAAAUAGAGUUUGUUUGGAGGGGAAAAAAUAAUCGAAAACAUCAGUGGUUAAUGUCAGCUCAGCAAUUGCAGCAGUUCACGUGGUCAUGUUCAAAUGAAUGGUUUUUAUUAUAAAAGUCUGAUCCACAUUUCAUUAGACAGCGGUCCAGAUGUCUGCGUGUCAUGAAGUUACCUGUAGUGGUCACAUUUCAGUAGCAUUUCAGUUACUUGUAUCAAUGUGAGACAGCGGUUGUAUGUGGCAAUGUGUAUGUAAUCAGGCUUCAAAUAGACAAAUAGACUUGUUUUAAUGAGGGGAUGCAAAGCUUCCUGGAUUAUAUGCCCAGAAUUGCUUGGAUUAUCUUGCCUUUGUUGCAAUACAUUGUGGGAAUCAUAGGAAUUUUAGGUGAGCUACAACCACAAGAGGGCAGUUGGAUCAGCUUCAUAGAUACAUUUUGUUAAAUAUGAAAAAAUAACUACUGGAAUGAAUUUAGGAGAGCUUAGACCCCAAGACAGUCAGAAGCCUUUGCACCACGUGCUAACCUUCAUGAUUUUUUGGUCAUUUUUGUUUUUCAGACAUUUGGUGGCAGAACUAUUGAUUUUUUUUCUUUUUUUUUUUUUUUUUUACAUUAUUCCUAUGUCUUGGCGCAGGCGUCAUAUAUGCACAUAUAUAUAUGGACUGUUUACAUUGUACUUUAUUUUCUGUUACUAUUGUUACUACCAGUUAUGUUUUUUAUACUUUUUUAUAUGAUGUUAUAUAAGCAUAUAAGCUAUCACAAAAUCCCAUUUUGUAUUUCCAUAAGAAAUAAAUUGAUUAGUUUUUUUUUCCUGGAAUCUUUUUGAGUCCCACAGGAUUGAAAAUAUGUCAGUGUUGUCUUGUGAUUGAUACAAUUUUCAUGAACCAGCAUUUCUGGUAAACGGCACCAUCUGGUGGUCAGUAGCAGCACAACCAGUACACCUGCACUUCUGGCAGGGGAAGAAACCGAUUCACUGGAUGAAUUUUAUGAAUUUCUUUUACUUUCAUUCCUAAAUUUAUUUUUUAACCAGUACAUUAGCUCCGAUCACCUACAGCAACCUCAAAGGGUAAAAAUCUCAAUUUUAGAAAUAUAGCUAACAUAGGUAGAGACACUGCGCGCCAGGAGAGGGCAGCACAUAUGCAGUGUAUAUCUUUGCAUUUUCUAUUUUCCUUAUGAAUCUGACAACACUAUAGCUUGAUGAACAGCUGAACAGCUAAACAACGAACACCUUAUUUACCACUUUUAUAUGCAGUCAAGUCC